CGCAAACACAUUAUUCUAUAUUUCAUCAAAGUAAGCAAUUGCAAUUUGAAAACACAGAAUUUUAAAAUUUUAUUUAAGCAAAGAUUUAUUAAAAAAAACUGAAUAUACAUAAAUAUAAAAAAUUUUUCUCAAUUCUUUGUUCGCCAAAGCUUAGUAAAAUUCUCUAAGCAAAAUGGCUGCAAAUGAUUCUAAAGCUACAGUUCGUACUGUAAAACGAGUUCAGUUUGGUAUUCUAGCUCCAGAUGAAAUUCGUCGAAUGUCUGUUACAGAAGGUGGUAUUCAAUACGCCGAAACAAUGGAAGGCGGUCGACCAAAACUUGGUGGGCUCAUGGAUCCACGACAAGGAGUAAUUGAUCGAAGUUCUCGUUGUCAAACUUGUGCAGGAAAUAUGACUGAAUGUCCAGGCCAUUUUGGUCAUAUAGAUUUAGCAAAACCAGUUUUUCAUAUCGGUUUCAUUACUAAAACCAUUAAAAUUUUGCGUUGUGUUUGUUUUUAUUGUUCCAAAAUGUUAGUUUCACCAAGUAAUCCUAAAAUAAAAGAGAUAGUUUUAAAGUCUAAAGGUCAGCCAAGGAAAAGAUUGGCAUAUGUAUACGAUUUAUGUAAAGGAAAAACAAUUUGUGAAGGUGGUGAAGAUAUGGAUUUAACAAAGGAAGGGCAACCAGUAGAUCCAAAUAAAAAACAAGGUCACGGAGGCUGCGGUCAUUAUCAACCAAAUUUUAGACGAUCAGGAUUAGAAUUGAUGGCUGAGUGGAAACAUGUAAAUGAAGAUUCACAGGAAAAGAAAAUUCAGGUUACUGCUGAAAGAGUAUGGGAGAUAUUCAAGCACAUUACAGACGAGGAAUGCUUUGUUUUGGGUAUGGAUCCGAAAUAUGCUCGGCCAGAUUGGAUGAUUGUUACAGUUUUACCCGUUCCGCCGUUAGCCGUUCGACCAGCAGUUGUAAUGUUUGGGGCUGCAAAAAAUCAAGACGAUUUAACACAUAAGUUAGCAGAUAUAAUUAAAGCAAACAACGAGUUAAAAAAAAAUGAAAGCACGGGAGCUGCUCCUCAUGUUAUCCAGGAGAAUAUUAAAAUGUUACAAUUUCAUGUUGCAACUAUGGUCGAUAAUGACAUGCCAGGUAUGCCCAAAGCCAUGCAAAAAUCGGGAAAACCCUUAAAGGCUCUUAAAGCAAGGUUGAAAGGAAAGGAAGGAAGAAUUCGAGGUAAUCUUAUGGGUAAACGUGUAGAUUUUUCAGCACGUACUGUUAUUACACCAGAUCCAAACUUACGUAUUGAUCAAGUAGGUGUACCAAGAUCAAUAGCCCAAAAUCUAACCUUUCCUGAAUUAGUUACUCCAUUUAACAUAGAUCGCAUGCAGGAAUUAGUGAGGCGUGGAAAUUCUCAAUACCCAGGUGCGAAAUAUAUUGUAAGAGAUAACGGCGAGCGUAUAGAUUUAAGGUUUCAUCCAAAACCAUCAGAUUUACAUUUGCAAUGUGGGUACAAAGUUGAAAGACAUUUACGUGACGGUGAUUUAGUAAUUUUCAAUCGUCAACCUACGCUUCACAAAAUGAGUAUGAUGGGCCACAGAGUUAAAGUUCUACCAUGGUCAACUUUUCGUAUGAACCUUUCUUGCACAUCACCAUACAAUGCAGAUUUUGAUGGCGAUGAAAUGAAUCUUCACGUACCGCAAUCAAUGGAAACUCGUGCAGAAAUUGAAAAUAUUCACAUUACUCCUCGACAAAUUAUAACUCCGCAAGCAAAUAAGCCUGUUAUGGGCAUUGUGCAAGAUACCCUUACAGCUGUUCGAAAAAUGACCAAACGAGAUGUUUUCAUAGAUCGAGAGCAAAUGAUGAAUUUGCUCAUGUUUUUACCAACAUGGGACGGCAAAAUGCCCCAACCAUGUAUUCUUAAACCAAAACCUCUUUGGACUGGAAAACAGUUGUUUUCCCUAAUUAUACCUGGAAAUGUCAAUAUGAUUCGUACUCAUUCUACACAUCCGGAUGACGAAGAUGAUGGGCCAUAUAAAUGGAUUUCUCCUGGGGACACCAAAGUUAUGGUUGAACACGGUGAACUUAUCAUGGGUAUAUUAUGCAAAAAGACACUGGGCACUUCGGCCGGAUCUUUGUUACACAUUUGCUUCUUGGAAUUAGGACAUGACAUUGCCGGUCGAUUUUAUGGUAACAUUCAGACCGUUAUAAACAAUUGGUUGUUAUUAGAAGGUCACAGUAUAGGCAUUGGUGAUACAAUUGCUGAUCCCCAAACUUAUAACGAAAUUCAAAUAGCUAUUAAAAAAGCGAAAGAUGAUGUCAUUUGUGUUAUCCAAAAAGCUCACAACAUGGAACUUGAACCUACUCCAGGUAAUACUCUCCGUCAAACUUUCGAAAAUCAAGUAAAUCGCAUUUUAAACGACGCUCGUGACAAAACUGGUGGAUCUGCAAAAAAAUCUUUAACUGAAUACAACAACCUUAAAGCUAUGGUAGUUUCAGGCUCUAAAGGGUCAAAUAUUAACAUUUCACAGGUUAUUGCUUGCGUAGGUCAACAAAACGUAGAAGGUAAACGCAUUCCUUACGGUUUCAGAAAACGAACCCUGCCACACUUUAUUAAAGACGAUUACGGACCUGAAUCUAGAGGGUUUGUAGAAAACUCAUAUUUGGCUGGCCUUACUCCCUCUGAGUUCUACUUUCAUGCUAUGGGUGGACGCGAGGGUCUAAUCGAUACUGCUGUAAAGACUGCUGAAACUGGUUAUAUUCAACGUCGUCUUAUUAAAGCUAUGGAAUCUGUGAUGGUAAAUUAUGAUGGUACAGUAAGAAAUUCAGUGGGACAACUUAUCCAAUUGCGUUAUGGAGAAGACGGAUUGUGUGGUGAAUUAGUAGAAUUUCAAAAUUUACCUACUAUCAAACUGUCAAAUAAAGCAUUUGAAAAAAGAUUCAAAUUUGACUGGUCUAAUGAACGCUACAUGAGAAAAAUAUUCAAUGAAGAUGUGGUUAAAGAUUUGACAGAAUCUGGAUAUGCAAUUCAAGAACUUGAAGCCGAAUGGGAACAGCUUUGCAAAGAUAGGGAAGCUUUAAGGCAAAUAUUUCCAAACGGGGACUCUAAAGUUGUACUACCAUGCAAUUUACAGAGAAUGAUUUGGAAUGUGCAAAAAAUUUUCCAUAUCAACAAAAGAGUUCCAACAGAUUUAUCUCCUAUGAAAGUAAUUCAAGGUGUUAGAGAUCUUCUUUCAAAAUGCAUUAUUGUAACCGGAAAUGAUCGUAUUUCAAAGCAAGCUAACGAGAAUGCUACAUUAUUAUUUCAGUGCUUAAUUAGAUCUACUUUAUGUACAAAAUACGUCGCAGAAGAAUUUCGUUUGACAAGUGAAGCUUUUGAAUGGUUAAUAGGUGAAAUUGAAACUCGAUUUCAACAAGCUCAAGUAAACCCAGGUGAAAUGGUUGGAGCAUUAGCUGCACAAUCAUUAGGAGAGCCGGCUACGCAAAUGACCUUAAAUACUUUCCAUUUUGCCGGUGUAUCUUCAAAAAAUGUAACUUUAGGUGUACCACGUCUCAAAGAAAUAAUAAAUAUAUCUAAACGACCAAAAGCCCCAUCGCUCACAGUCUUUCUUACAGGGGGUGCGGCUCGUGAUGCUGAGAAAGCUAAAAAUGUCUUAUGUCGUUUAGAACAUACUACUUUAAGGAAAGUUACUGCAAAUACGGCAAUUUAUUACGAUCCUGAUCCUCAAAGAACAGUCAUUGCUGAAGAUCAAGAGUUUGUGAAUGUAUAUUAUGAAAUGCCUGAUUUCGACCCGACUCGUAUUUCACCAUGGCUUUUACGUAUUGAAUUGGAUCGAAAGCGAAUGACCGAUAAAAAAUUAACUAUGGAACAAAUAGCAGAAAAAAUCAAUGCCGGUUUUGGCGAUGAUUUGAAUUGCAUAUUCAACGACGAUAAUGCAGAUAAAUUAGUUCUUCGUAUAAGAAUUAUGAAUAGUGAAGAGAACAAAUUUCAAGAUGAGGAUGAAGCCGUAGAUAAAAUGGAGGAUGAUAUGUUUUUGCGUUGUAUUGAAGCUAACAUGUUGUCUGACAUGACGUUACAAGGCAUUGAAGCUAUCGGUAAAGUAUAUAUGCAUUUGCCACAAACUGACAGCAAAAAAAGGAUUAUUAUAACGGAAACUGGGGAAUUCAAAGCCAUUGGAGAGUGGUUAUUAGAAACAGAUGGUACAGCGAUGAUGAAAGUUCUUAGCGAAAGAGAUGUAGAUCCUGUUCGAACAUACAGCAAUGACAUAUGCGAAAUUUUUCAAGUAUUGGGUAUAGAGGCUGUUCGUAAAUCAGUUGAAAAAGAAAUGAAUGCUGUACUUCAAUUUUAUGGACUUUACGUAAAUUACCGACAUUUAGCUCUUUUAUGUGACGUAAUGACAGCUAAGGGACAUCUAAUGGCUAUCACUCGUCAUGGUAUCAACAGACAGGAUACUGGCGCACUUAUGAGAUGUUCGUUUGAAGAAACGGUUGAUGUUUUAAUGGAUGCAGCAGCGCAUGCUGAAAAUGAUCCAAUGAGGGGUGUCUCAGAAAAUAUUAUAAUGGGUCAGCUGCCUAAAAUGGGAACAGGUUGCUUCGACUUACUCUUAGACGCAGAAAAAUGUAAACAUGGCAUUGAAAUACCAAGUACAUUAGGCCCCUCUCUUAUUGGUGGCACAGGAAUGUUUUUCGGAGCUGGAGCUACACCCUCUAUGACUCCUCCAGCUACUCCAUGGGGUCCGUUUAAUACACCUAAGUACUCCCCACUAGGACCAAUGAGUGGUAUGACUCCUGGUGGACCAAGUUUUUCACCAUCAGCAGCUUCGGAUGCAUCAGGUUUGUCACCGUACUAUUCUCCAGCGCAUUCGGGAUCCUCUCCAAGCUCUCCCGGACUUUCGAUGUCACCUUUUGUACCAAUGUCUCCAAGUGCAUCUCCUUCAUAUUCACCAACAAGUCCACAUUAUGCAACUAGUUCUCCAGGUGCAGCUUCUCCUAAUUACUCUCCAGCAUCACCGCAAUAUUCUCCAGCAAGCAGAAUUGAUUCAGCUAGUCCAAAAUAUUCUCCAUCAUCUCCAACGUAUAAUCAUCCGUCACCUGCAUUUCUUGGUACUUCCCCGGGAUAUUCACCGUCGUCUAAUCUUUACUCUACAAAAUCGAAUUUCGCGACGUCACCGGCUUUCUCCUCAGGAGCGGGCGGGGCCUCCAAUAUGUAUUCGCCAACAAAUAGUGUGUAUUCUCCAUCUUCACCAAAUUAUUCUCCGAAUUCUCCUAGAUAUUCACCCAGUUCACCUUUUUCCCCGUCUUCACCAUCCUACUCUCCAACGUCGCCUGGGUACUCCCCAACGUCCCCAUCAUAUUCGCCGUCUUCUCCAAAAUAUACUCCAGCAACACCAUCUUAUUCUCCCACUUCUCCGAGCUAUUCCGCUUCCCCAAGAUAUUCUCCGGUUUCACCAACUUACCCAAGGACCAGUCCAAAAUAUUCUCCUGCAAGUCCCACGUAUUCACCACCCUCUCCCACUUAUGAUGGAAGUCCCCAGUAUACACCCGGGAGUCCACAAUAUUCUCCUACUUCUCCAAAAUAUUCUCCAGAAAGUCCUAUAUAUUCACCACCUUCUCCUCGACAUUCGCCGGCAACUCAGUAUAGUCCAAGUGGUAGUUUUUCAACAAGUCCACAUUAUUCUUCUAAUUUAUCUUCUUAUUCGCCAAACAGUUCAAAAUAUUCCCCAACAAGCCCAACCACUUAUACUCCUACCCCUCACCACUAUUCCCCAAGCAGUACAUUGUAUUCCCCACCAGCUUCUCAACGAUAUAGUCCAACAAGCCCCGCCUACUCUCCAAGCAGUCCAUCAUAUGAAGAACCAGAUUAAAUUUGAAUAAAUUCAAAUUAUUCAUAUUGUAUCCAUUAAACUUAAGACAAAGUGUGGGAAAAUUAACAUAAUCAAAGUAAAUUAGAAAUUAAAUGAGUUUUAAUUGUUAAAUUCACAAAAUUUUAAAUUUUUGGAAAUAUUAAUUUUUAUGUAUGUAUGUUAAAAAUAAACAACAUAGA